UAGCAGGAACCCGGAAGUUAUUAUUUUUGCUCAUACGCAAUGGAGUUGACGGUACAGCGUCAUGUUAUGCGGUAAAGAUUGGGUAGUAACAAGGAGUCAUGGAAGCUCUAAGGGUGCUGGAGCUUUACAGCGGUAUAGGUGGCAUGCACUACGCGUUAAAAGAAAGUGGAAUAUCUGCCCAGGUGGUGGCCGCUGUUGACAUAAAUACCACAGCCAACAAAAUCUACAAACACAAUUUUCCAGAUACUCCUCUCUGGAACAAGACCAUUGAGGGAAUACCACUUGAUGACUUCAACAAGUUAUGUUUUGAUAUGAUAUUGAUGAGCCCUCCUUGCCAGCCUUUUACCAGGUAAGUUAUUUUCUUUGUUUUUUCUUUUUACAAACAA